AACAACAGAUUUAAUGACGUUUACAGCAUCGCAGUUGCUCCAAUCCUACGAAAAGCUUCGGUUGGUUUUUGUGCGACGCUUCCUAUGAUGUUUGAAUUGUAGGUUUACUUAGAGAGUUGGGAUUAGGAGAAUACCGUUUUCCAUACAAUGGACCCUUUCACUCAGAGAAUGUUGGAGCGUGCUAGAGCAAGGAGAGAAAAAUUAGAUACUCAAUUAUCAAAUGCUGGUCAUGAUGUUAAAAAAAGACGAAGUCCUUUAAAGGAUGCAAAUGCAAUUUUGGCUCAGGCUACAGUUACUAAGUCUAAAACUCCAACAAAAUCUCCUGCUAAAGUAUCAACAGAAAGUGUGUCUCCAGUAAAGUCACCCCGGAAAUCUCUGGUUAAGAAUAAUAGUAAUGAAAACAAGGAAGAUAUAAACAAAGAGAAUGGAAAGGUUGGAGUUCACAAUGUGAGAUCAAAACUACAGAGGCUUGGCAAACUGUAUUCUGAUGACAGCAGUAGAGAACUCAGUUCACCUAUUCAUAGAACAGAAGAAAGGUUCAAUGCAGAAGAAGAGGUCAUUGAACAGAAACCACAAAAAAGAGGUGCUAGACUGGAUAGAUUAGCAGCUCUUGCUUCAACUAUUAAUAAUUGGGAAGAUGAUCUCUCACAUCCAACCUUGACUAAACCAGUAGAAACUAAAGCAGAGAAAAUACAAGCUAAAUUAAAUGAACAAGUGAAAAAUGCGUCAGAACCCCAGCCAAGCACGAGUGGUUACAACAAAGAAAAUAGAAAUAGUAAAGGCAGUAGUUCCAAGAAAGAAGAAGUAUAUCAUACAAAGCAACUAAAAUGGGAUAAGUCUACAUUGGAAUCAUUAGAAUCUCAAGGCUUUAGUCGUACGAAAAGCAAUACUCGCCUUGUAUAUGACUAUAAGGCUUGUUCUCAGGAAAAAAACUCGGUAGCUUCGGGUUCAUCUCCACAACAUGGGCACAAUCAGGAAUCUACUACAACGUUUUACGAAAGAGCAGAAAAUUCUCCAAAAAAUGUUAGUAGCAAAAAUUGUAAUACUCCAGAGAAAACAAAAAAUGCAAUGCCUAGCACAAGCGGCACCCGAUUGGCACCUAGAUAUGGAUAUAAUAGCUCUCCUAAAAGUCCAGUUCAGUCUAGUCCAGGUUCAGUGUUGAGCAAAGCUUCGUUAUUUGAAUCUAAAAAUUCUGAAACAAAAGCUAAAGAUCCUACACAAAUGACGCUUUCUGAGAGGAUGGCACUUUUUGAAAAAAAUAAAGGCGAACCACCUCUGCUGCCGAAGGCACCACUUACAAUGUCAAUACCGCCGAAAAAGUUGCAAGAAAAAGACAAGAAUAAUUCAUCGUCAGGAGCAAAGGAAUGGUCUAAAGCUGAUAUUCCUAACAAUGCUGUUAAUGCUCGACGAGAAAAAUUUGAACAAGGCUUAAAUAAGCAAGAAAUGGAAAAUGAUAUUUUACGUACCACUUAUUUGGAAAGGCAACGGGAAUUGGAUAUGUUACGUUCGCGUUUCAAUAGAAAUAAGGAAAUGGCAAAAGCAGCUGCCGGUUCCUGUAUUAGGACAAGUGAAAGCAGCGAAGGAAAAUCUAAUUCACCCAAAAAUUCUCCAGUUUGUCCUGUAAAACCGACACCUGCACCUGUAAAUAAGGAUCAUGGUGUUCCACCUCCUCCGCCACCACUUCCAAAGGUUCAUGCAUCCGAGGACAAUCGAAUAUCUAUCCAAAAUAAAAGUUCACCAGCUAAAAGACAAGUUGUAGGCAGUCCACCUAAAACGCAGCAAACGAAAGUAAUAUCUGACAUUAAACGCAUUCGCGUUGCACCACCUAAACCUGGACAUAUCUAUCCUAAUCUUUCUGAUAUUGAUAAUACAACGGAAACGGAAACAGAUACAGAAUAUACUGUCAAUAGCACAGAAGCAGAAACUGCGACUUUAGACGAAAAAACUGACACUGAUACAGGGACUGAAGCUGAAUACUAUUUACAAGAUAAUGGAACUGAAGAUGACAGCGAUGAAGAAAGCGGAGAAUUAAAUACUAGUCUUGGUAGAAGUAUUUUACAGGCAGUAAAUGAACAUACCUAUUUAAAUAAGAAGAGAUCAAUUGACCCAGAUCCAGACAGUACAACUUCCGAUAUUUCGGUAUUGGAUGAAAUGGAUGAAUAUUUGGAUGAAUGCCUUGCACUGCAAGAAGCAAAUAAUAUAAAUGCACAUACAGAAGAGGGACCAACACCACCAAAGCUCAAUAAAGGUGGGAAAAGUCCGUCCACUACAUCAACGAGUUUUAAAUAUAAUGAAGGGUCAUCAUAUCGCUCACCUAUAAAGAAAGUUUCUCCUGGGACUCCUAAACAAGGUGAACCUUAUAUAGUGGAUGGUGACAAUUGUGUGCCACUGUUGCAUAGCGUUAGUUUUUACAGACGACAACAAUCUCAGACGCCUAAAACACCAGUGCGUAUAAUAUCGAGGACACAAGAAGUUGCUACCGCUCCUGAUGAAACACAGCCUGACUCUAAAAACGAAGUUAUUUUAGUACAAGACAAAGUAAAACGAUUAUUGGAUGAAAUAUGUAAACAGCAAACAAUUAUUGGUCAGGCUAGUCAGGCACUAAAUUUAUGUAGUUCCACUGUGGAAUUCAAUGAUUCAAGGGAGCAAGUUGAAGGAGAAAGAUUGCUACUCGUUGCUACACACAGACGGCAAGCUGCAUUGAAUGAAGUACAACGGUUGAAGAUAGAAGGUACACUACGACCUGUUACUCCAGGAUCACCAGAAGUACAAGAAAGUGGUGCUUUGACAGUUUCUGCUAUCACGUUACCUCUUAAACGAGAUUAUUUCCGCAACGUGGGCAGAAAUACAUGUCAUCAUUUUGUCUGUUUAAUGCGACAUUUGGAAAACGUAGUCGCAACUCCAGUAGUCGUGGCAGAACCUGGCGAUUCGUGUGUCCGAUUUCCAUCAACAUUAAAACUGAAUGAUUUGUAUAAUGAUUUUAAAAUAACCAUCGAGAUAUACUCGCUUCAGACACAACCUGAAAUUUUGCCACAUGAAAUUAAAUAUCACAUUCAUAAUAAUAAUGGAUGUAGCAGUAGUAACACUGCUUGUAACAAAAAGUUAGCGAAUAAAACUCCAAAGAAAUAUUUAAAACAAGAAAGUCGCUUAGUGAUGCCAAGUGUACAAAGCCCAGCUGGACCAUCUGCUGUUAGAUCUCCCGCUUUUCAGUUGUCUGGUUAUGUUAUUUUCAGUUUGAAAGAAAUACAUCGGCAACAAUUUACAUUAAACAAGGUACCAUCACAAUCUCCUUUAGAAGGUCGAUUGCAGAUGCAUGUUUCGUGCGAACUCUCAGUAUCAGUUGAACACAGAGGAUUUCUUACAAUGUUUGAAGAUGUUUCUGGUUUUGGUGCUUGGCACCGUAGAUGGUGUUUGCUUAAAGGUUCUACUCUAUCAUACUGGAAAUAUCCUGAUGAUGAACGAAAAAAGACUCCUAUCGGAAGUUUGGACUUACAAUGUGUUUCCACAACUAACGUAGGAUUAGUUUCUCGAGAUAUUUGUGCGCGUCCUAAUACUUUUUUGCUUGAAACAACAAGGGCUGCAGAACCUGAAGAUACUGAUAGUUUAAUUAUGAUUAGGAAUGGAUCUACAACAACAAUUAGGCAUCUGUUGUCAGCCGAUACAAAGGAAGAUAGGUUAGAAUGGUGUUCAAAACUUAAUAAAACAUUGAACUUAAUACAUUCCUGGGGUGGAACAUCGGUAUUAUCGUAACAUAAUUUAGAUUAAACAUAGACUACAAAGUAUAGCGUAUACAAGUACGCUUAUAUAUUAUUUUUAUGCAUAUAAAUUACUAUACACAGCAUUGUGUAUAUUGAAUAAUGUAAUUAUAUAACUAAUAUGUACAUCUAGUAUAUCUAAUAUGAAUAAUGUAUAUUCAUACAUUAAGAUAAAUUCUUUUUCUAAAAGUUGAUAUAACGUACGAAAGUUAGUAUAAUGAACUAUUUUGUAUUUUAAACGUAAUACAAUAUCAUUCGUAUAAAAAUUAAGAACUAUUUAAAUUAUAACUUUUAGUUACAUAAUGAAAAUGCUUUAAUAGCAGUUAGUAUGCAUAUUAUAUUUAAAUGAAUUGCAUUUCUUUGCCAUGUAGUCGAAUAAAAAUGAUUUAUUUUUAACUUGAAUUUCUUCUAUAGUAUAGUAAAAUUAUUCAAAUCAAGUUUACUGAAUUAUUUCUCAUAUUUAGAUAAAAGCAACUUUAUAAUGAAUUUAAUAGUAUUUUUUUAAAUACAAAAGAUGAAUUGAUACGUAUUAAAAUCUUUAAAAAUAUUAUUCACUAUAAACUAAACAAUCAAUGCAUUAGAAGUAUAUAUUAUUUUAAUUAUAAUAUUUUUAUAUCAUGUAAUAUAAUAUACUGUAAAUAACAGAAUGAUUAUAAUCUAUUAGAGUAGUUACUAACAAAUAUAUAAUUAAAUAUACAUAAGUGUCAUUAAUUAUGUAUUUGUUAUGAAAGCUAAGAAUUUUGUAGCAUUUUUUUACUUUUUUAUCGUAAAAAUUAUC